GGAGGUUGCUCGCUCUAGAUCUAGGUUGCUGUCCUCAGUGUCCUCUCGGUGCGCGUCCUACGCGUGUGGUUGUGCGCCGCUUGGCCGCCGAACGCAACACAACCGUGGCUUGAGCCAGCUGCUCUGAAAAGUCACUACUGUACGGGCUGCCUCUGUAUCUACUGUAUACUAGGCGUGGGUUGGGUUAGGUUGGUACAGCAUAAGGAAACCGACUGAUUGCGGGUGUAUUCAGCUGCCCUGCCGCGAUCCAGCCUGCCACCUGUUCCACUGAGGACGUCCUUGCGCAUCCCCGCGCAUCCGUCGCAUCUGUUGCAGCUUGCGCAGGGCAAGCUGUGGGCUUCGGCGUUCUCCGUUGAGAGUAAAAUAAAUUUCAGGCCAUGACGGUCCCACCGCCGCUCCCGCCCCGGCGGUCCACAGGCUUUGCACCAAGAGCAUCGUCUUCUGGAAGCCCUCCGCCGCCGCCCCCGCGGCCAUCGCAGCCGGCGCAACAACAACACCAGCAAGAGCAGCAGCUGGAGCAAUUAAAGUAUCAGCAGCUGGAACAGCGAUAUCAGCUGCUAGAGCAGAAAUAUCAGCAACUGGAGCAGAAAUAUCAGCAGCUGCAGGCGCAACAGCAGCAGCAGCGACAACCGCAACAGCAACCACACGGCACGCCACCGACCCCUCCUCAGCAGGUCCAGCAGGAGUCUUUUCAGCAAGAGCAAACAGUUCUUGGGACGCAGAAUGCGGGUGCCGCGAGCAUCACGGCGGUGAAGAACCAACCACCUUUGACGAGUUCCACCGCCUGGACGGAGCCGCUUUUCUAUACCGAUGGUCGCGGAACACCGACGUUUGAUGCGAUGAUGAAGGAGUUUUUCAGCAGAUUGGACACGCAAGGCACGGGGUACAUCACGCCCGAGCAGUAUUCGAGCUUCCUGGACGCAAACGAGUUCUUGACCGAAUGGAAUGCCUGGAAGAAGUGCCUCAAGGCCGAUUGGCUCUACACAGCCGAGGACAUGGCUGACUACGAGCUGAAAUCCGUCUUCGAAGGCUUCAACUUUGACCACAAAGUCGUCGUCCGCAACGCGGCCAACAAGCAGCUACCCGGGGGCGGAAUGCCCUUGCUCAGCCUCGCUGGGUUCACCGACCACAUGGCGCUUGAGUACGCCAGCUCGGCAGACGAGCAUCUCCGAGGCCUCAACAGCGCGCUGCUCCACUACGGCGUCUGGCCGGAGAGGGGACCCAUCCCUAGACACGUUCUCCCGCCGUCUUGUCCGCCCCAGCUGCAGAGCCGCAUUGAUGAAGCUACGCUCAGGUGCACCGCGAAUGCAAAGUCGAAGCUAAACGCGUUGAAGGUGCAGGCUUCGCUGACGGCGAUGGGGGAGCAGAACGCUGUGGAGCUCGCGGACAGCCGUCGCUGGGUCACUACUACGACGUACUACUAGCUUAGGCCGUACUACUAGGGCAUGAAGCGUAUCUCCUUGACCGUUGACAGUCUACAUAGUCUACACUACCUACUGUACAUGUAUAUACAUACUGCAUUACGAUAGCUGAAUCUUCUUUACCCAUCCGUCCCGCGCCUCCUCGAACUGCCUUGUAGGCCUUACGGCUUACAUGGAUGAGAGUAACCCACGACGUCUCGGAGAGAGUACCC